AUGGACGAAUUCGCGCAGUCGCGUGAAGACGAUGAUCUUUUCGCAGACGAAUUCGAGCCUCUACCAGAACCAACAACAACCAUUGAGCCUCCGAUUGAGACGCCCAAACCAGCUGAGAGGGGACCAGCAAGACAGGCAGGACCAAACGAGGCACGCGGAGGUUACAGAAACAAUAGAGGACAAGAUGCGAGACGAGCGCGGGGUGGGAGAGGUGGGGGAGGGGUAAAUCAGAAUGGACUCGCUCAAUCAAGAUACGCACCUCAAAACGAAUCAAGGCCAGCUCCAGCAGCAGCACCCGUCGUAACUCCUGCUGCUGAAUCUCCAGCUGCUGUGCCAGAGAAAAGCGCCGCAGAACCACAAGAACCAACGCGCCAGUCUCCUCCAGCGACUGAGAACACGACCCCUCAAAUACCUACUCAGCCAGCCUCGACACGUAUCCUCGCCGUUCGUGGAGACCGCUCAGCAACAGGUGGACCCGCGCACAAGAAAUUGACAGAAGAAGAACUUACGGCGAAACUUGAAAAGAUGGCUAUUCUCAACGCUGAGAAGUCCGCGAAACAUCGCGCACAGGAAGCAGACCAAGCAGCUUUCCAACAUAGGGAAAAAGAGUUAGCGAAGGAGAGACGGGAGAAGUUAGUAGAGGAGAAGAAGAAUAAGAGUCAGAUGGAAGCCGAAAGGGCGAAGAAUAGGUUGAGGAAGAUCCAGGCGCAAGGCGUAAGGGAGUGGGAUAGUGAGAAGGUGGAGGAUGAUAUUGUCGACAGUCGGAGGGCAAGAACUAGCGAGUAUGUUCGUGGUGGACAUGGCGGCGUUAUCAGAGGACGAGGCGGUCUUGCAGGAAGCCGAUACGCAGAACCUGAUGAUGUUCCCGAAGAAUCUCACAACUAUAGGGGCAGAGGAGGAUUUGAGAUCCGUGGAAGAGGAAGUCGAGGAGGUAGGGGUGGUGGCAGAGGUGGAAAUUCCGGAGGUCCCCAACCAGUACCAACACAAACAGACUUCCCCUCACUACCAACGCCCACCAAACCUGUCGAGUCCAAGAAGGAAGCAACCCCAAACACAUCAGCAGCCUCUAAAGCCCUUCCUUUGAUGGAGAAAUUAGACGGGGCAUGGGCAGACGAGAUGGCCACACCGGUAGAAGAGAAAAAGGAAAUUUCAGGAUAA